UCCAAUAUGGCGGUAAACGGUGUAUGAGAGGUGUAGAAUGUUUUGAAUCGAAGCGAGAAAUAAAAAUCUCAAAAAACCGUCGAAACCUAAAAAAAAAUAUGCAAUGGCCGGUGUGAUUACGAGGAUGUCGUGCUGAUGAUACUUUUUUGUUCUAUCGUCGCGAGUUUUGUGUCAAAAAUUGUUUUAUUUUUGUGUAAUUCUUAUUGUGGUAUAUUUUGCUAAUGUGUGAUUGUAAAGCAGUGAUAUGUAAUCGUGGAUUUUGUGAUAGAUAUGUCUACCAAUGAUAAAGUUACAUGCCCGGGCGUGUGUGAAAAAACUGAUGCGGUGACCGUCGAGUCUGGCGUUGUUCCUGAUAAAGAUAAACCUGAGAAAAAAGAAAAAAAAAAUCUGAGAAAAGUGAAUUUCCCUGAUGAUGAAAAACUUGUCACGCAGUACUUCGCGCCUGCCAACCCUUGGCAAGAUGUGCCAACGACGACUCGUGCGCAGCUCGCUGCGGAAUACCUGGAGUACUGCAGGAGUAACGGGACACCGCCCAUCGAUUCAGUACUGCAACAAAUACGGGAACUACCAGAAAAUACGAUCGGUGGUACAACACGGGCUCCCCGUCUCGUUCUCAGCGACUGCUCGCUGCUCGGCUCGGCGCCGACGGACGCCCUCGAGGCUUUGUUGAGGAAGGUGCAGUUCCGGAAGCUGGAGCUAGACCACACUGAUAUUGACGAUGAAGGAGCGGAGGCAUUGUUCGAUAUGAUCGAGUAUUACGAGAGUACGUCGUCAUUAGGUAUAUACGGACCGAGGCAGUUCGGGAUACGAGGCUGGCAGGCUGCCUCGCGAAUGAUCAAGAAGAGCGCGGAGCUGGCGGAGCUGGCGGUGUGCGGCGCGCGGCUGGAGGCGGGGCACGCGCCCGUGCUGGCGCGCGCGCUGCGCCCCGCCGCCUGCGCGCUGCGGGCGCUGGCGCUGCAGGCCGCCGCGCUGGCCGGCGAGCCGCUGCUGGCGCUCGUGCUGGCGCUGAAGACGAACACGUCGGUGCGCGAGCUGCGGCUCGGCGACAACGGGCUGGCGGCGGCCGACGCGGCGCAGGUGGCCACGCUGCUGCGCUACAACACGCGGAUACACUUGCUCGACCUCUCCAACAACCAGAUACAGGAUGCGGGUUUAGCGCACAUAGCGAGCGCGUUGGAAGCUCAGUCGGCUCAUUCACCGCCCUCGCCUUCGACGAUCUCGCCGCUCUACGGUCGAAUUUCAGCCGGUGGGUACGAGUCACGCGGCCUGGCGUUCCUCGUGCUCUGGAACAAUCAGCUGACGAGGAACUGUGCUCAACACUUGGCUAAAAUAUUGCGCACGUCGCAGUCGCUGUGCGUGCUGAACGUGGGCCGCAACGCGCUGGGCGCCGACGGCGUGCGCGCGCUGGCGGCCGAGCGCGCCGCGCCGCUCGUGUCGCUGGGCCUGCAGGCCGCGCGCCUGGCGCCCGACGCGCGCAGCGUGGCCGCGCUCGUGCGCGCGCACUCCGCGCUGCAGAGACUCGAUCUACGCGAGAAUAAGUUCAGCAUAACGGGGCUGGAGGCGAUCCUGAGCGCCUUGAAGGAAAAUACAACGCUGACACAGAUCGACUUGGACGAUCCGCCUGAAGCGAAUCCGUCGUCGGUGAACGCGCAGUCGUGUACCGAGGCGGCGACGAUGGCGCGACUGCUGGGCGACAUCCGGGCGAUAUGUCGCAGGAACGAGUCCGCGAACACGGCGCCCGACAGGCUGCUCAGGAAGAUCAGCUUGACGUGCCACACCGCUCCCGUGCCCAAGAGCGCGGUGUGCGAGGAGGGCGGCCGCAGUCGCCUGCGCUCGCCCGCGCCCUCCCCCGCGCCCUCCCCCGCCGGCAGCCCCGUGCCCGCGCCGGCGCACUCGCGCUUCUCGGUGAUACCGGUGACCCCGGACAGAGUGACUCACAGUCCCAGUCCGAACACUCCAACGAAGAGCGGAUUUUGUUCGACACCGUCUAGAUUUAAAGUUGUACAGGUUGCCGAACCACCGCAGAUACAAAUUCAUCAAGCGCCAAGGAAAUCCCCGUCAAGAUUCUCUGUGACGAGAAAUUACGAUACAAUUUAUAAUCCGACUUUACCACCGACCUCGCCAUCGCCGUCACCGUCGCCGUCCCCGUCAUCGUCGCCGGCGCCCGAGCUACCCGGUGAUGUUAAAUUCGAUAGAUUUCUAUCCAGUGAUGAUGAGAAAAAGGAAGACAAUUCUAAUGAUAAAAUCGUUAAAAUUACAUCAAAACAUACAAAUGAUCCUACAAGAGCGAUAAAUAGUAACGAAAAAUCUAUUCCUGAUGUAAAUAGAGUUUCUAAAGAAGAUAUCAAAAGUAGUCUUGAACCAAUUUUUAAACCAAAACCAGAAGUAAAACCGGAAUGUAAUGUUAGUAUAACAGUUAUCGUACCGAAUACGGAAAAUCGUUCUUUUGUUACACAAACGAAAGAAAUCAGGACAGACUUCAAUGUUGAAGUUGGAAUUGAUGAAGUCGGUAAAAUGGGGGAUGAUAUUAAAGGCGUUCCUGAAAUGAAGGACGAAAUUGACGAAAUCAAGAUUGAAAAUGUAGUUAUUAGUGAAAAUUUGGAAACUGAUCACGUUAAGAAUGAAACAGAAAAGAAACCUUUGAAUAUGCCCGAAUCUGUGAUAAUUGCACCCAUAUUGAGUGAUAAAGAACCUACCUUAGGUCCAGAAGCCGUAAAUAUACCUAAAAUUAUUAAAAUCAAACCGGAAACAAUAUUAAGUUCAGUUUCCAAGCAAAGUGAUAUUGUGACAAGUGAAGCUAGUGAUGUUAAACAUCUUAGUGAUGCGAACGUUAUUAAAAAUAUAGAUUCGUUGAACAACGAAAGAGUUUUAAAAGACAGCGGUGAUUUUAGCAAUAGUGUUAAACAAUUAAACUUAGUUAAAAUUAGUGACGUUAAAGACUCGAGCGACGUUAAAAGUGAUAAAUACGGUUAUAAAAACGUAAUGUCUCAUACUGAGACCGUAGACAAUAUUGGUGAUGAUAAAACGUUAGAGACGGAGACAAAUAUAGUUAAAACUAGUGUAGAUUUGAGUGAUAAUGUCAAAAUGGAAACAUCUGUUACAGUGAACGAGGAUAGAACCAAAGUACAUCGCGACCAAAAUGUAAAUAAAAUAGAUAAUAAGGGACUAGCCAUUAAACAAAUAGCGGCAAUAAAUCAAGGUAUAGAUGACAUUGUACAGGAAAUGAAGGAUCUGUCGUUGAUAAGUAGAAAAAAUACUGAUAUAGUAAUAGUUGAUAACAUUGUACCUGCUCUUAAUAGAGAAAGCGUAGUUUUAAAGAAGAAUAAAAGUGAGUCUAGCUUAGACAGUCCGGAUCUAGAAGUGUCUAGAUUGAUGAGGAAACCGGUCAGUGCCUUCUGCGACAGCAGUUCGUCUUUAGAGAUAUCUGGAAGUUCCGUCGAAAGCCUUAAUACCGAGAGCCGUAUCAAAGUAGCUAGGGACGAUUGCGUCCGUAUGAUGUCGACGGAGAGCAGUGUCGAGUCAACCAGUGAUGUGACACCAGUUAACUUAAAUAUAUCGAUAAGUUCGAAUGAAAGUGUCUCGCCGAUUAUAUUUAAUACGAAGAAAAUUCACGGCUCGCUAUCGAGCCUGGAGGCGAGUGUUAGUUCUGUUGAUUCAGCGAGGCAAGAGAAAGUUAUGCUAACGUCAGCGGAUUCUGGAAUAGAGUAUUCUUUACAGAAUCCCUCGGACACGAAAGAGGAUAGUUCGUCGAACGAAGGCACGUUAACCUGUAGUUCGAGUUUAAAGGAUUCCGUCAAAAAAGACGGGCAGGAGACCCUGACGUCUCCGAAGAGGACUUCCAGUUUAUUGGACGUUCCGGCGUUGAAGUCUAAGGGUUUGGAGAGAAUGAGAAAGAUAUCGUGGGUGGCGCCAUCCGCUAGCUUCCAUUUACCAAAACCAGAGGAGAGAAUCGAAUACAAAUUGCCGAGUAAUUUGGAAAAACUACUAAGUCUGUUCCAACAUCCGAGCAGUUUGUUCUCGAGGAACAGCGACGACGAAAAGAAGUCCACAUCGAGCACGCCCCCUAGGAAAGACUCAUCUUUAACGAGUUCGUUCUGGUCCUGGGGUAGUGUGACUGAGAAAAACGACAAAGACGACACAGACAGCCUCUCAGAGGCAACAGAUUCUACUCUGUCCGAGCGAGUCCAAGUAUCAUUCGUUGACGAAUCAUUUUCAAGAAAACUCGACAGCAAAACGCCAUCCACCGACACGGACAACACUUUAAGCGAGUUCCAGACGUUCCCCUCCACCGGGGAGACCAGAGUUACCGAAAUAACCACCGAUGACAAUUUAGUACAAAAAUGUUUAGCUUUAAGCGAUAAAUGUAUAGACGCAAGCACGGAUCAACCGGCGUGUGAUAAAAUAGAUCUCAAUGAGCCCAACGACUUGAAUAACGUAUACGAGAACCGGUCCGGUGAUCGGCCGGAAACCGGUGCGUGUAGCGAAGCUACGUUAGUUAAGUUAGAUGAUGAAAAAACGGAUGUUAGACCGCGAUCGUUCGCAUCGGUCCUAAAAUCAUCCGGUUCUGAAAAUUCUUUGGAGAAACAGACCAGCCCGGAAACGGGUCAGCCGGUCGAUAAACUACCCAGCAAAGUGAUACGAGGUAUCAAAGAAAAUAUAAGCCCCGAAAAUACAUUGACUUCGAGUAUAACCACCAGAGCAAUAGCAAUGGAGCUCACGGAUCGUCAAGUGAAGAGCAAGCCAGUAGUGAACGCUGUUUGGGAAGUCACGAAUCCAUUGCAAGAGAAGACUGAAAUUAAAGCCGAAGGUGUUAAAGUUCAAAGUGACUUAGCGCCGAUCGCGACAAUUGACGAAACCAGUGACGUGGCAGCAGACGAUUUAAUACAGUUGGCGUAUAUCGACGACGCGAAGGUAGACGAUAGGGUUGUGGAAGUUGAGAAAAAAAUCGACGAACAAAAGCAAGAGCUGUGCAACGUCGAUUUAGGGAAGGACGCACUGUCUUAUUUAAUGUUCGAAAACAGAGAGUUCGAAACGACGCCAGCGGAAAAGUCCCCGCAAGGAUCGCUCGCGCAAGAGUUGAGGGACGCUGAAAUCAAGGAAAUGUUGGAUCUAUCACCGGAAUUGGUGAUCGAUGAAGCCGUCGAAAUACCGGAAAUAUUUACAGUCGAAAUUAAAGGACGAAGGAGUUCGCCGAUAAUCCCCGAAAGGGCUAAAAUUAAAAAGUCGAAUUCCCUCGAAGAUUUGACGAAACGACCCGUCUUGGAAGAGAAAGACAGUCCGAAGUUGAAGAGUAUUGCGUUUAAAGUGCCCGAAAGUACGACGCCGAGAGAUAUACCGGAACGGAAGUCGAAGUUGAGGAGUAGAAGCGGUUCCAGUCCAAAAUCGUUACCAGAGAGCUUAAACAAGCCGUGCCCAUUGAUCAAAAUGGAUUCAAUUCUGAGUAAGAAGAAGAAAAAAGUAUCCUCGCUGGGUAAAAUGGCUAGAGACUCACUUUUAGCACUGAACAUGACUGAAGAGGAAAUAGCAGAGUUCCGGAGGUCCUACAAACUGACAUCAGUGGAAAGUCUGAGGUCACUCGAGUCGGUAUCCGAAGACGCGAACUCCCAAAGCGGCACAUCCUUCGAUUCGAGAUGCAAAGCGUGCCUGAGGACAUCCCAGGAGAGUUUAAUGUCUCUCGAUUCAAUCACGGAAGAUUGCAGAUGCGUCGAAGAUUGUGAGAAACGUCAAAAUAGAUGAACUAGUGUCUUCGUAAACGAUUCUGGCGGCGUUUUUGUCGCAUACGGGUAUAAACGGCUCGGGGAGCGAUCAAUUCAUUGUCUCUGUAGUAUUAUUUCACGCCUGAGUAAUAUUUAUUUAUAACGUUGUAAUAUAUAGUGUACAUAUAUCAAUAUAUCUUCAGAAUUUUAUACGAUAAAGAGAAUAUUUCGCGUAUCUUACGUACAGACGGUUAUUGAACUUGGCGAGAUUGAAUUUUUUUUUUUUUUAAAUAUAUGUUACAUAUUAGAGUAUAAUUCGAAAAAGAAUUUUUUAAAUUUAUAAAAAAAUAUUCGAUUGAAUUUUUUACUUAAAUUAUGGCAACGUUUAAUGUAAUUCGUGCAAUUUGAAUGAUCGUCCGUAUAGAAGGCUAGGCUUUGCGAAUUAAAAAAAACAAAAAAAACAAAAAAUUUCGUCGCCAUAUUUAAUUCGCGGCUUUUAUACAUUACGGAUGUAACUCGUUGAUUAUAUUUAUCGAUUGUCGAUAAUCGAUAUAUCAAAUUGAUGUAUCGAUGUUUAUUCUCUUAGAAAGAAAAGUUUAAUUGUAAAAAAAAAAACGUAGAAUAAAAAAAUUAGGACGUUUCAGAUGAAUUCUCAUUAAUUGUCACAGUUUUAUUUAA